AUGAUCUCUACGGCACCACUCUAUAGCGGGGUGCACAACUGGACCAGUACUGACCGUAUUCGCAUGUGCGGCAUCAACGAAGAGAGGAGAACGUCUCUUUCUGAUGAGGAGUCCAAGGCAGCUGGCUGCCAAGGCUUCAGACCCCAGGAGUUUUGUGUCAGUAGCGGCUUUUCCAAGGUGGAGCUCACAGCAGUUGGCAGUGGCAGCGAUGCCCAGGGGGCGGACGCAGCUAAUGGCGCCAAGGAGAAAUUUGGGCACACGGCGGGGGAGCAUCAACCCAGCACAGAACCGAAAGUGGCCCCUCCUGGGCCCGAUGGUAUUUUUACCCCAUUAACGAAGCCAGGGGAUGGCCAAGGGCUCAACAAGCCUUCCCCUCCUGAAGGCACAGAGCCAAGCAGCAGCGGAGCUGAAACUCACGUGGACAAGCUAGCCACCUGUCCCCUGGCUGGGCUUAAGGCACUGGACCACCAGCAUGCCGGAACACAGAAGAACACUUGCAUUUUGGCUACAUUAGGCAUUGGGGCUGCUAUGGAUGGGGCGUUGCCUUUGGUGGCUGCCGAUGUCAGCCCCUUGCCUAUCCCUGUUUCUGGCCCUGGCCCAGCACCCCUGUCUGCUUCCCUCUCUGUUCCCCUUGCUGUUCCUGCCUCAGUCACCCUUUCGGCUUCCGUCCCUUCCCCUCCUUUGGCUCCGGCUCCCAUCCCCAUCUCCCUUGCUACUCCGGCCUCCAUUCCAGCACCAGCCCCCCUGUCCCUCCCAGCCUUAGUUCUAGCUCCUAUCCCUGCCAGUGGGCCAGUCCCGCCCCUGCCCACUCCAGCCCCAUCCCCAGCCACCCUUCCUGCCCCUCCUCCUACUCUCAUUACGGCCUUUGCUGCUGCCACUCCUGCCCCACCGCCCACUCCAGCUCCUGUGUUUACCCCAGCGCCUACCCCUGGCCCUCAGGCCAAGCCUGCCCUUGCCCCCGUCCCCACGUCAGCUCCCAUCUCUGCCCCCUUCAACCUUAAUCGAGUGUGUUUCCCUGCCACUCAAGCCCCAGCGAUGCAGAAGAUGCCCCUGUCUUUCCAGCCUGGGGCAGUCCUGGCCCCAAACCAGCCAUUGGUCUAUAUCCCUCCCCAAAGCUGUGGGCAGCCUCUUAGUGUGGCCACAAUACCCGCUCCACUUGGGGUGUCGUCCACACUCACGCUCCCCGUGCUACCCUCAUACCUGCAGGAGAGGUGUCUGCCUGGUGUUCUGGCUUCUCCUGAGCUCCGCUCUUACCCCUGUGCUUUUUCUGUGACCCGGCCACUGACAUCAGAUUCCAAGCUGGUCUCCCUGGAGGUAAACGGACUCCCCUGCACCUCUCCAUCCAGUGGAAACAGCACCCAAUCUGCACCUGAUGGUGGCCCUGCUCCUCCAGGGGAUGGCUCUCUACCUGCCCCUGCUGCCAAGAUUCUCCCACCGCCACCCCAGCCUUCCCUGCCGGCUGCUGGUGGGGGCUCAACCCCAGGACACCCCACCACCAAGGCCCCUGCUGCUGCAGAGCAUCACGCAGAAGGGGCUUCUGCUGCCUUUUCCCCUCUCAAGUCCCCACCGCAGCUGGAGCGAGAGAUGGUGUCCCCUCCUGAGUGCAUCGAGAUGCCCCUGGACCUCUCUUCCAAGUCCAACCGCCAGAAGCUUCCACUGCCAAGCCAGCGCAAGACACCACCCAUGCCGGUGUUGACGCCGGUACACACUAGUGGCAAGGCCUUCCUCUCCACAGUCCUGUCGCGCUCCCAUCGGGCAGCCCAGGCCACCGGCAGUAAUGUCACCUCGUGCCUGGGGCCUGCCUCCCCAUUCGUCAUCUUCCCCGAGUUUGUGAGAAACGGGGACCCGAGUGCCUGGGUGAAGAACUCCACGGCGUUGAUCAGCGCCAUUCCUGGCACCUAUGUUGGGGUGGCCAAUCCCGUGCCUGCUUCCCUGCUGCUAAACAAAGAUGCCAGCCUGGGCAUCAUCCGAGACCCCCGCCACCUCCCCAAACAGGAGCCCAUCUCCAUCGUUGAUCAGGGAGCACCUAAGAACUCCAGCCCUGCCUGUGGCAAGAAGGGCGGACAGUCGGCACCAGCUGAUAACACAGUCAGGCGAUCUACCCCAGCUCGGAUUGCCCCUGGGGUGCCUACCUGUCCAUCUAAGGAAAUGCCAUUUUGGAAACCUACUGGGCAGGGGAGCAUCUACUCAAGGUGUUCAAUCAAUGGGAAGCCUACCACAGCCCAGGUUCUGCCUGUAGGCUGGUCACCUUAUCACCCAUCACUCUUUUCCAUUGGCAUCCCCAGUCCUGGGCAGCUGACCUCACAUCAAGGGGUACCCAUCAAACCAGCCGGCGUUGCCGGGGAGUUCUCUCUGGUGCCAUCAGCCAACCCCAGUGAGGCUGCCCACGGGGUCACCGAGGGUCAGCCAAGACCGAGUGGGCCUUUCCCAGAGGUGCAGGAACCCAUCCCACAGAGCAGUAGCUGCCAGCCUCUUGCCAAGCCCUGUGAGGAGCCAGUAAACCCAACCAUCUUGAUCCUAGGACCCCAGACAGGCAGCCUUCCCAUGUCUCUCCAGCCCAGCACCAUCGGAGAGGUGAGAGGGGUGAAGGCCAAGCCCAGCAGUCCCCCCCGAGACCAAGGUCCAGAAGAGUCCGAGAGCCACCCAAGUUCCGACCCCGCUUCCAGCCCGGAGGCCCCCCAUAGCUCUUGCAAUCUGAAGCUGACGGUGGCAGCAGAUGGCAAACCCAAGAACCAGGUGCUGGCCACCUACCUGACUCCCAACCUGGCCUUGCCCCCCUCUCAGGGCUUCCACAAGUUGGCAGAGAUGUCUUUGCUACCUCAUGAAGGCCACCUGAAGGAACUCCAAGUGCAAACUGAAGUCCAAGGGACCAAGAGGGCCUUUGGCCUGGGAGCUCGUCGCAGAAGUGACGGGGACCUCACCUGGGUCAAGAAGGAGAGCAUGAUGUUCUCUCUGAGUCAAUGCUUCCAGGCAGAAAACUUCCUGGGGGGCCCAGCCAGAGCGAAGACUGGGCAGACUCAGCACAGACAGGAAGUACACAGUAACUUUUCGUGCAGGAACAAGUGGUAUCCAGAGGACGGAGCGAAGUCUUCCUCCAAGAGAAGCAAAUGCAGCAGGGCCAAGGAGGGAGGAGACAUGCCAGCCAGCAAGGCUAGAGGCCGGAGCCCCCACGGCCACAAGUGUAAGAAGCAUCAUGGGGAGUCCCAUGAAUCCAGCAAGAAAGCCUGCAAGUCUUCGAGCAAAGAGCACAAUGGCAUACGGGUCAAGCACAAGCGACAGAAGUCUGCCAAAUCCCAGUCCCAAUUGCCAGGAUUCCGAAGAGGAGAUAGACAUGAGGAAGGCUUCUUGGAGAAGAAAGCAAAGAAUAACUUCCGAGACUUCAUCCCUGUAGUCCUGAGUAGCCGGACCCGCAGCCAGUCUGGGAGCCUUUGCAGCACGUUCACUAGUACGGUCGAGUGUGAGCUGGGCAGCCCAGAAGUGUACCCCAUGCUGGAAGAGCACCAUGAAGAAAUAGGACUGGGUAGCAAACACCGCAAGCGAAAGGCCCACCGGUCCUCCCAGCACGUGAGUCGGCGCUCUCGAGGGGACCGCUCGCCAGCAGAUCGGACUAGCCGCCAUUUGCGCAGGUCCCGGGAGCUGCCCUGGAAGAUGGAGCCCCCCAGGCAGCCGUGGGACACUGAUGAUGAUGAUGAAGAUGAGGAGGAGGAGGAGGAGGAAGGCCACGUGAAGAGGAAAAAAAGGAGACGGCAGAAAAACCGCAAAUAUCAUACCGGGGAGUACCUGACAGAGCGGGAAGACCAGGGGCACAAAUCCCUGUGCCACCAGCGACGCAAGGCCCGAGCAGAUUCCAAGUCGCGGAAGCAGAAGCUUUCCUCCCAGGGCUCUGAGGUCCGCCUGAAGACCAAGCACUCAGCGGCGGGCCACGGAUCUGGAGACAUCGCCAUUCUUCCCAACGGCUUUCUAGAGAGCAACCUGGAAAAUGCCACCUCCCCGAGCAGCAGCAGCCUGGAGAAGCCGUCGGGGAAGCGCAAGUGUAAGACGAAGCACCUGGCUGCCGCCGCUGCCACUGAGGAGGAUAAGACCAAAGGGCCCUGGCACCAAGUGAAAAUUCAACCUCCGAAAUCCCCAUCCCCAGCCAAGCCCGCGGAAUCCUGGACCCCCUUAAAGGUUCAGACAAGCUUGGAGGAUUGUCCCGAGUCCCCUUCGGCAUCCCAUAUUCCCCCUGAGGCACGUCGACUUAUUGUGAACAAGAAUGCUGGAGAGACCCUCUUGCAGCGGGCUGCGAGAUUGGGCUAUAAGGAUGUGGUCACAUACUGUCUGAAGAAAGAAAGUGAGGACGUCAACCACCGGGAUAACGCUGGCUACACGGCCCUCCACGAGGCCUCUGCUCGGGGCUGGACAGAUAUCCUCAACAUUCUGCUGGAGCACGGGGCAAACGUCAACUGCAGCGCCCAGGACGGCACCAGGCCUGUCCAUGAUGCUGUGGUCAAUGACAACCUGGAGACCAUCUGGCUCCUGCUUUCCUAUGGGGCAGACCCCACACUCGCCACCUACUCAGGGCAGACGGCCAUGAAACUUGCCAGCAGUGACGCAAUGAAGAAAUUUCUCAGCGAUCACCUUUCAGAUCUCCAGGGUCGCCCAGAGGGUGAUCCGAGAGUGGCCUGGGACUUCUACAGCAGCUCUGUAUUGGAGGGGAAGGAUGGGGCCAAGUGUGACCUCCUGGAUAACCCCCCUGGAGCCUCCGACAAUGACGGAAAUGACCAGGAAUCGGACGACUUCAUAUUCGAGUUCUCCGAGAAGCCGUUGCUUCCCACUUACAACCUCCAAGUGUCUCUUUCUCGUGGGUGA